AUGGCGUUGACGAAUUUCAUACUGACUGUGGCCGGAGUGAGCGCUGUCGUGUUGCUGCUGCGGAGCGAUGUGAAGCAGUCCGCCACCAUCUUCCGUCGCAACGUCCGCCAAAUCCGAAAUUGGCUCGAGGAGGAAUCCUCCUCCGCCGCUAAUUGCAAUUUGGGAAAUAGAGAAGAAGAGAAACCUUUGAUCUGGCAGAGGAAGUGGAGAUAUGCUGUUGAGAAAUGCAACCUUUUUUCCAAUUUGGUAGAGUUUUGGAUUGUCACGGCUCUUGGUGAUCGUCACUGGCUUGUAGUUGUGUUUAUCGGUGUUAUGGUUGUGUACACUGGCAUUGGUUUUAAAUCGGAUUUGAUGAUUGACUAUUGGCAAGCUGACAAUGAUGACGAAUUCAUCUGCAGAACUACCAAAAUCGGAGCUUUUUGAGAUGGUCUGAAUUUGAAAAGAAUUAUUGAUGCGUUAAGCAGGCAGCAGGAGUUGGAUUCUCAUGGUGAACGGUGUCAUGCAAGGAUGAUCAUCAUUCUUCUUUUGAUCUUUAGCCACUCUUUGAUCCUUUUUUUUCAUAUUUUGCCUCAGUAGUUUUACGAAUAAUUACUGAGUUACUCAUAUUUAUUGUGGCAACACAAAUUUUGACCCAACACGAGCGCCUGUGUUGAAAGUCUUACAUAAAGUUGAGAAUACUUUUCUAACCAUAAUA